AUGAAGAUCCUCGCCAUCCUCGCCUUUGUUCUGGCUGCGCUACUCAGCACAGUCCACGCCCAGAACGGUACCUACUCUACCACUACGUCCACCGUCACGAAGACGGUUUAUCACACCGUGACCACCUCGGUCAACAUCGCCACUCAGCCUGGCUUCGCGCCUCAUGGUCCUGCCUUCGGCUCUUCCGCCUAUGCUGAGUACGAUCCUUCUGUCGAGCUGAAGAGCAUGGUCGUGCAGACCAUCCAACUCACUUCCACCAUCUACUCGACUGAGGUCGACGGUGUGGUCGUCACAUCUCUGAGCACUGUCGUUGCUCCCGUCACCUCUACAUCCCUCCAAGAAGUCAUCUCUACCGACUUCCAGGAAGUUACCUCGACCACUACCAAGCACGCUGGCACCACUGUCACUGCCACCACAACUUCACUGGUCGUCUCGGCUUCGACCCCUAGCGUAGCUGCCACUAGCCUCACCAUUCCGCAGGAGGUUGCGCAGAUGUGGGGUCUGAACGGAAGUGAGCAGGUGGAGGUCAAAUCUUGGUUGGUCUUCAGUGUGGGUUUGCUGGGAGUGGCUCACUACCUAUUCUUUGCUCACCACUGA